CCGAGAAACAAACAAUCGGUAAUCAAAGAUGGAGAGAGAAGAAAGAGGAGAAGAGCGAAACACAAAUUCAUCAAACCAAAACAAAAAAGUACUAAUACAAAUACCAUCCUACCAAGAAGUAAUUGAAAGCUCACAAGUUAAACCUACACAAACACAAGAAUCUUCAUUCUUUAAGCCAUCACAAACUUUCUCUCAAGCUUUCUCCUUUAUUAAAAACUCUGAAUUCUACUCUCCUCCUCCUCCUCCACCACCUUCAAAAUCUGAACAUGGGCCUAGUAGUUCUGCAACCACGAGUGAAAAGGUUUCACCAUCUCUAUUGGCAUCAGCUCCUGCUGCUUCUUUUGGUGGUGGAGUGGCUUCAUCUUCAGUACAAAAUAACCAGAGUCGCAAUGCUAUUCUUGUUAGUCAUAGACAGAAGGGAAACCCCUUGCUUAAACAUAUUAGGAAUGUAAAGUGGGCUUUUGCGGAUGUUGUUUGUGACUAUUUGCUUGGACAGAGCUCAUGUGCUCUUUAUCUAAGUCUUAGAUAUCAUUUACUCCAUCCAGACUACCUAUAUUACCGUAUAAGAGAGCUACAAAAGAACUGCAAGCUUCGUGUUGUUCUAUGCCAUGUUGAUGUGGAGGAUGUAGUUAAGCCUUUACUUGAAGUCACAAAAACAGCUCUGCUUCAUGAUUGUACACUAUUAUGUGCUUGGAGCUUGGAGGAAUGUGGUCGAUACUUGGAGACUAUAAAAAUGUAUGAAAACAAGCCUGCAGACCUUAUUCAGGGCCAAAUGGAUACUGACUAUUCAUCUCGGCUACAUCAUGCUCUCACAACUGUUCGACGUGUUAACAAGACAGAUGUGGUAACACUUGGAUCUACAUUUGGGUCUCUUUCUAAUAUCAUGGAUGCAUCCAUGGAAGAUCUAGCUCGUUGCCCUGGAAUAGGAGAGCGCAAGGUGAAACGCUUGUAUGAUACUUUUCAUGAACCAUUCAAGCGUGUAGUUUCAAGCCACCCUGUUGUUCCACAAACCCCAGUCCAGAAAGACACUGAACCUUCCUCAGUCAAUGAAGUUGCAGAAAUGGAGAUGGAGGAAGCAAAUGCAAACAAACGUAGGAAGAAAGAACCAGAAUUAACUGUCAAGUCAGCCCUAUCUUCUGCAUUUGCAAAGUAUGCUACUGAUAAAUUGGGUAAUAAGAAAUUCCAAGGAGAAAAGGUCGGAGAAACAAGUACUGCCAUUGCCUCGGAAGCUGAAACUAGGAAAACCUCUGGUUAAGGGGCUGCAAAUUAAUCCUCACUUCUAACAUCGGUUUCCUUGAGAUGGGAAAUAUUUAUUUGUUUGUGUCAUUGGAAAGAUGUUCCAAGUAUAUGAAUUUUAGCGGCACUACAUUCUUAUCUCAUGCUCCGGAAAGAUUCUUCUUUCCGCUGCAUAUCAGGUGUUGUUGAAUGUUAACAUUCUUAAGUCUUAACCUACCUACUUCCAUCUGAUGAUUUUGUUCAGGGGAUUAGAAACUCUUCAGGUUAAAGUGUAGCCGCAUCUGUAUAUAUGGAGAGUGCUUAGAAUUAGAAUGAUUCUAUACCUGUUGACAAUUGA